AGAUACACUUCAAUUAAGGAGAAAAUCCAGCGAUGCGUUCAGGCGCAUACAGUCUUUGUUAGUUUUGUAGUUAUUUAUUUACAUCUAGACAAAACCAGUAGUGUUCCUGUUCUGCGCAGACAUAAAUAAUUAGCUACGAAAUUGACAAAACGAGGACAAAUGACCCGCAACCGAGCGUAUCGCUGCAACUUCUCCUUAAUUGAAGUAUAUCUUUUUUCUGAGGGGUGGACAAAUGAAAAUAUCGGUUGGACAAACGAUAAUACUUGUUGUACAAACGAAAAACGCUACUGGUUUCGUCCAGAUAUAAAUAAAUAACUACAAAACUGACAAGGACUGUACGCACCUGAGCUCAUCGUUACAUCUUCUCUUUAAUUGAAGUGUAACUUUUUUCUGAGGGCUGGACAAACGAAAAUACUUGUUGGACAAACGUAAAACAUUAGUGGACAAAAUGUGGUGAGACACAUUUUUUAAGAAAACCCUAAAAAAAGUCUAUAUAGGUGUGUUGACUUCAAAUGGCUUGUUUGUGGUGUAACUUUUUUCUGAAGGGUGGACAAAUCAGAAUUGUGGUUGGACAAACGUGAACAAAUCGCUUACAGUGAAACUUUAUUAAAAAACGUAAACAAAAUUUGCAUGAUGCUGAAUAUUUUUUUUUUUUUUUUUUUUUUUUUUUUUUUUAAUUUCUUUGGGGUGUUGGACAAAUGAAAAUUGUGCGUGUAAAAACUUUACUUGUACUUUUUUCUUCUAAUAGCAAAAGUUCGGUUUCUUUUUAGACAGGCCGUGUAUGUUUGAUCCUAUGCUGAGGAACUCUAGAAAACACUACGCAAGUGGAAAGUUUAGUUUGUUAAUUUCAUAUCUUCUUGCAGAUUUCUGAUAGCAGUUGCAUUCCUCUCUGCAACACCUGGUGUAGCUUAUCCUGCAUACUUUUUCCCAAGGAAUGUUAUCAAGGACCCUAUUUUAUAUAAACAUCCUACAGAACGAUUUUACAAACGUCAUACCAAUGAGACGUUUCCCAGCGGAGAAAGCCUGUAAGAAUUUUCGCGAGAGUUAUUCGAAAUCGCGCGGAAAAACACGAGGCCUUGGUACUUUUUCCUUAUUAACAUAUUCGGUGCGCAACACCUACAGGUCUUCCAGCGCAAGGAGGCAGAAUGAACGUGGAACGGGCCACGAUGGAUGGUUGCGGUCAGCAGCCGCUCUUUCUGACCGGGACUUCCGGUUCUAGAGGCAUCUCCAGUCCCCAAGAGCAGACCGUUCAAACGGGGACGCCCCAGGAACCCUACGGGGGACCGUUGAGCCUCAGUAUCUGCAUAUCCGAUUCCGGGCACGAGAUACUGCGACCCAAGCCACGUCGACCUGGCGGUGGCAAUGGACGUGAUCUAUAUUGUCCUCCAUACUCGAAGGACUUCGCAGAGAGUUCACCGAAAAACGGUGUUCACAAUAUGGUUCACAUGGUGGCUGAGAGAGAUACAGACAGCGUGGCUCCAACGCCCACGCCUCAACAUCCUCAUCACUCUCAGCAUCAUCAUCUCAGUUUGCACGAAAUACGCGCGCUUCAGAGGCGACCAGAAUGCACAGGCAACAGCUCUUCGGAUGAGAAUCGAUCAUCGGGGCACGCGAGCAUGUCGGACACAGGUGGCCACACCAGCAGCAGUUCGCCACCCCAUCGUCACCACAGGGCGCAUAGUCCUCAGCAGCUGAACUCUGUGCCUGAAGACGAUCGUCUAUCGGCCUCCGUUACCCAGAGAAAUGGCAGGAGCAGAUCUGGCCAAAAUCGCAAUAGACACAGAGCCACGCCAGCCAAGUUGCAGGUGCCAUGGUCGGGAUCCGGUUUGGAAGACAUCAAACUGGCGAUCCAACAGCUCACGAUGCGUUCCCAUAAGUCAUCGUCCACUUACUCCUCCUUGAGCGGCUCUGAGAGCUCGGAGCCUGCUGUAAGAAGACUGAUGCGGCAUUCCAGCUUGGAAACCAUCAACACCAACGUGACCAGCGCCGAUGAAUUCGUCUGGGUGGACUCCCACAAUAGACUGGUGGAGUUGCAGCAACUACCUUGGACGCACCACGACGUGCUUCGCGUGUUGCAGAAUGGUCGUACCAGGGAGCACAUGGACCAAGUCUCUAUGGAGACUAUACCUCGUUUAUCUUACCUGCUGCAGAGGGCCUUGGUCAGAAUCGGUCGUGAGACUCAGAGACUGGCCAAGCCCGUUGGUCUGUGCAGCAAACACGAGAUCUACAGUGCAUUUAAAAUCGUCUUGUGCCCUGCCUUGGCUGAUUCUUGCACCAAGGCCUGCUUACGCGCCGCCGCGAUGUUCGCUGUAUCCGGCGACCAAUUGAAGCAAUCGAAAGCAUCCCGAUCGGGACUCCAAUUACCAGUUGGACGAUUUCUUCGUUGGAUGUCCGACGUGCGAUUAGGAAGAAUGAUACACGAAUACGCCGCCAUAUAUCUGACCGCGGGAAUCGAGAAUCUCUUGGAAGAAAUACUGUUACAAUGCAUACCGACCGAUCCCCACACAACUCUAACGGCGACUAUGUUGGAGCACGCCAUAGCAAAUAGUGGAGAUUUAUGGGGGCUUCUACAGCCAUACGCGCAUCUUAAUGCUGGACGAACGGCAUCAGGUGCUCUUGCAAUGCCUCGUUGGGCCAGCGUAAGUUCAUUAAACUCGUCGUCGUCAUCCCGAAGUGGAAGAGACGCAGCAAGCUCCGCGUUUGAACCGUCACUACUGACCACAUGCGUAGGAUCUAUGUCGGAACUUUUGGAUCUAAUCUCGAAAGUAGUUCAAGCGGGACGCUCGCCCAUACCUCUGACCGCCAAGGCGUUGAACGCGUUGUUUUAUUACAUGAGGUGUUCACAGCUGGAGCAUGGCGAACGGGGUUCUGGGAUACAAGAACUGGCGUACGAGCGAGCGUACGUUGUUCUUCCCCCUCUGGUUGAGUGGCUGCGUGUCGCGACUGCUCAUGCAGAACAUAGACACGGACUAGUCGUAGAUCAAGACGAUAUUAAUCAAGCUGCUAGAUUGUUAUUACCUGGGGUAGACUGUCCCGUUAGACCGAUAUGUUUCGAGGAGGUCGCGGUGUGCUCAAAACGCAUAGACGAUUCCGAGUACGUUCGUCUCCUCACUAUGGAUAUGGCCUUCAAAAUGUUGAUCGGCGGACGCACUGAUUUAAUCGCUCAAGCUAUACUCCUCUUGCCAUCCACGAAGAUCAACACUGUGAAUGACAACGGCUUCACCGCUCUGAUGAUAGCUUGCAUUAAUGGCGAUGAAACCGCUGUACUAGCUCUCCUAGAUGCUGGCGCUGAUUUAAACAUUGAAAGUCCACCACCGCCAACUGGUCAGUCGGGGAACACCCCUUCCAAGGUUCCCUCAGUGCCGACUGUGUCGAACACCAGGAGUCCAGUCACUCAAUCCUCGAUUAUGUCUUCUGGGAAGAACACUCAAACACUAAAUUCCUCCUCUGGUUCGCCAGGCUCGUCUAGUAACGCUUCCAGCAAUAUAUGCUGCAAUCAAACUGGAAUCAACGCGGAAACUCAACACUGGACUGCUUUAACUUACACCGCCUUGCUGGGUCACUGUAACAUUGCCAGAAUAUUGUUAGAGAGAGGCGCCGCAGUCGAAGGUGGUGCUAAAGUCAGCGAAGACAAAUGUACUGUCACGCCUUUACAAGCAGCCACUGCAUCUGGCAAUAACGAGAUGGUGGCGCUCUUAUUGGCUCAUGGGGCACAGCCAUUCUUAUCUACCUUGAUAAAGGACUCGUUUUCCUAUUCUGGAUCUGCUCAACGGGGGUGCUACAGUGCGAUAUCAGUAGCAACGGCUCACGGUCAGCGGAGCUGUCUUCGUCAGUUACUGUCGCAUCCGCUAAACUUCUCCGCGAAACGAGGAGAGAAAGAAGUCUUAUCGUUGGAAGAGAUCCUUGCUGAAGGCAGCGCAGGUACUAGUCCACAGCAACAAACUGUAGAUGGAAGAGGAAAUCGGAGAGAAGGCAAAGAACCAGUUUUCAACAAGGUGCAGACGAAAGCUUUGCAGGAAGCUAUGUAUCACAGCGCUGAGAGUAAUCAUUUAGAUAUCACAAUGGAACUUCGCGGACUAAAGGUGGGCUGGACAUUACAUUGCUGGAUGCACAGUCUGGCAACAGCCCAUGAAAUGAGACUAGACUCAGUGAUAGAUCAGUUGCUUCAAGAUUUUCUUCAAGUGUGUCCAGAUGACUAUUCGACGCAAUUUGUACAAGAAUGUCUUCCUUUGUUAUUCAAUAUCUUUAGGUACAGUAAGAAGGAAGGUACGACGCUUCUUCUUGCUGAUAUUUUCUGUACGUGCUUUGGAUGGGAACCGAUAAAACCCAUCAGAGACACUACGCUCUCCAGUGGAUCAAGGAUCGAUCCCAAAUUUGUAAAUAACCCGGAGUUGAGUGAUGUACAAUUUAGAGUAGAGGGCAGAGUGUUUUACGGCCAUAAAAUUGUGUUGGUCACGUCGUCUCCGAGAUUUAGGAAUAUGUUAAGUUCGAAGUUGUGCGAGGGUAAUCCCCCUAUUGUACAGAUUAAUGAUAUUAGAUACCACAUUUUCCAGAUGGUUAUGGAAUUUCUGUAUCACGGUGGAUGUGCUACAUUGGAAGUGAAUCAAAGUGAUGUUUUGGAGUUGAUGGCUGCCGCAAACUUCUUCCAGUUAGACGGUUUACUUAGGUAUUGCGAAGCACAGUGUUCUUCUAUGGUUGAUCUCGACAACAUUGUUUCAAUGUACAUUCAUGCGAAGGUUUACAAUGCAACGCAGCUUUUGGAAUACUGUCAAGGAUUCCUGCUACAAAACAUGGUCGCGUUGCUGACCUACGAUGACUCAGUCAAGCGUUUACUAUUUGCAAAGAAACUGCCUAAUCAUGAUGUUCUUGCAGGCCUCCUUCUGACUUUGCAAGCACGAAUAAAGGCUAGACGAUCUCAACAACAAAAUAAAAUGAAAACUUAGAUAUUUAAUAAGCAUCAUACGCAACGUAAGGAUAUUGUCGCGAUAUCAUUUUUUUACUUUCAUCGAGUGUAAUUGUCAAUAUAUUUACGUACACUUACAUGACGUCAUUUACGCGAAA